AUUAUCAAUUACGCUGGCGAUGAUGAUGAUCCUGGGAGGAGCGGAGAGGAGUGCCAUCAGUGUGCCACGCGCGUUCGGAGACACGGGUGCCUCUUCCUCCUUGUGAUCACUGACACCACCUUCGCCUCCUCUUCCCAUCGCUGUAGUCUCGCCCUGCUGGCACUGCUACCUCGACAGCGGCACUGACGCGGGUUCCUCCGACAGACGAGAGUGAGGGCCGUCUACCGUGACCGCAGGUGCAGCCCGACGGCGAGGUGCGAACCCCAGGUACCGUGUGAUGGCAGUAGCUGCUUAGGAGCCUUCAGUUGGCGUAACUCACACGCGUAACUGCCUUCGAAGAGAUUUCCGGGAGAAGUGAGGCAGAGAGAGACGUUGCAGAUCGCGCAGGCUGAUACCUAGAGGGCAAAGGUACAAGAAGAAGGGAAGAGCGAAGGAACGACGAUAAAAAGAAGGAUACGAGGAACACCGAAACCCGCGUCCAGGGGUCCGGUACCCCCCCUCGCCCCCACCCCCCGCGUAAUGGCCCCCGGCACCCUGCUCUGCACACGCUGGUAGUUCUCACAAACCGCCAAAAUGCCGGGCAACGUGCGAAACAGCGGGCAGAAUGAGUCGCACAGGCCGCCCAUCACCUCUGCCUCCCGCACCAAAUCUCUCGACUGCUUGGCCGACAAAUCUGAUAAAACAAGUGAGUAUGUUCCCUCGAGGAUCACGAGGACGCAGCCGAAGAUCAAGACGGAUGCUAUGCAAUUCGUGAAGCCUCCUUCAAACUUUGCACACAAUCGGUGGCAGCGCUCUCAGACCGGGCCGGCAGGGCUGUACAAGUCGGCGACGGAGCAGAUCAAGAAAGCCGAAGCCGUGAAGGCGAUGAGGAAGCACCUGAUCGCCGAGGAAGAGGACUGGCAGCAGCAGCCCUCCUCCUCCUCCCAGUCCAAGAGCCCCUACGACGAGGACACAGAUUGGCAGACGAACUUGGACAAAUGGAAAAGCUCCCGGAGAAAGCGGAACGAGGACGCGCUCGAAAGAGUCAUCGAGAUCAAGAAGAACGAGCAGGAGGAGGAACUAAACCGCACGCGGCGCAAGAGCAAGACCUUCAGCGAAAUGCAGGAGGAGAAGACCAAAAGAGGUCGAAGGUACAACCUUGUGGUGCAUGACGAUGACAACAAUGACCUGGCUGACCUAGGGCUGUCCACAGUCAAGAGCAGCAGCUCCCUCUACGACGGGCAGGAGGACAAUGACGUCAAGGACCUGGACCAGGACAACAAGGACGCCAAGAGCGACGCCGGAUUCUGCACGGGGUCGGACACGGGCAGCGACGGAGUUUUCGCCGAGGACAACAUCAGCGACACGUCCUCGGCACUCGGAGACAAGAAAGAAACUCAUGAUUCGCUCCUGGAUACUGGAGUUUCAAAGGAAGAGGAGCCGAGGAUCAACGGACACGGAUCCAGCCUGACUUCGGACAUUCUCAAUACCAACAAUGCAAACUUGUAUACAGAGGAGUACACCUACGACAAAGCCAUUGAGGGAUAUAAACAGUAUGCAGAGAAUACUGCCAAGAAGCGCACGUCCAGCAUCACAAGUCUGAACAGCAACACGAGCUUCACGAAGGAGGACGAGAGGAAGGACGAGCGGCCUCGCCUCAACGGGCGCUCGCCAAGCCCUGCCAAGAGCAACAAGCUGGAGGAGAAACUCAACUUCUUCACAAAGGAGAUGGUCAAGGAGUCUCGCACGAGCCCUGAGCCCAGAGUCAUCAUGCGAGAGAAGUCACCCAAAGUUGAUGUCGGGAAGAGAAGAUCCAUGUUCGAGAUGGGCGAGCCGCUGAUCAGCCAGAAUGAAAGAGAGCAGAAGCAGGCCAACAGGAGGUCUCUAGAGGUCCCAGGAUCUCUGCGGAACAAGGUUGCCUCGUUCGAGAACCUGGAUAUGGACACCCCGAAAGUUCGAGGGAUGACUCCAAACAUUGAGACGAACUUGAAGAGUAAAGUCAAAUCAUUUGAGAACCUUGACACAGAGACAACCAAGGUCCGAGGGGUUACGCCCACCAGGGACACCAAAUUCCGCGAGAAACUAGCAUCAUUCGCAGCUGCUGACACCGAAUCUCAGACUGUCAGAAAGAAGACUCCGGAAAGAGACGUCAACUUCCACAAGAAACUCGCAUCCUUUACAAGCAUCGAAAACGGUGAAGAAGAAAAGUGCGUUGAGAGGAAGACCAUACCUCUGCGCGACCCAACACUGAAAAACAAGAUUGCUUCUUUCGAACAGUUGGAGCAGGCUGCUGAAGCAUAUUCUCAGCCUCCGCGUGAAGAACCGGUGAAAAAUAGGGACCGGUCUGUCAGCCUGGAAAACCUGGACGAACCACCGCCGGUCAAGGAGGUAAUGCGGCCUGCAGUUUCAAUGGGCAACAUGGGGCUCAUGAGGCGGGCUCCCUCGACCCCAUACAUGGUGGUGGAUCUAGACAAAACUGGGGUCGAGGAGGAAUCUUGUAUCAGGGAAAAGAGACCUGUGGUGAGUGAUGAGCAAGAAUCAGCCGGUGCUCGGGACCAAGCCAAGCGCUCUACCAUCUACGAAACUAUAGAGAAGUGCCAAGUGGUUCGUGAUGUUGAGUCUGCUCCAAUGUUUUCCAUUUUCCAGUACCUCAGCCCAGAGGUGAAUGCCCAGGUCUUUGAGAUCGCCUCAAAGCUAGAGGAGACGCCUCUCUUGGGCUCACCCACCCUCAGAGACCCCUCCGUCCCCCUGCCAGAGCCACCCGUGCAGGAGCAAGACUCCUUCGAAGGAGCUAAACCCUAUACUGAUGAAGAUAUUAAUGAGGUUAUCAGUGAUUAUGAACAAGUUGGCAGUGUUUAUGAAGAAGCUUCAGAGCAUGUUGAAAAUAUAUAUGAGAAUAUCACAGAGGAACCUGUGUAUGAAAACAUAUAUGAAAAGGUUGAUGAUGAAAUCCAGGGCGAGAUUGAGGAACCUAUAAAUGAACCUCACUACCAGACCCUAGAGGAGGUAAGGGAGGAGGUUAGUGCAAGCGUGGAGCCAGCGCCCGUUCCCCCGUCGCCUCCUCAACAGGUCGCUUCAAAGCCACCGGCCGUCAUUGAGCCCCCAGAGGUGCUAGACGUGACGUGGACGGACGGCCCCUCCCAGGCGGCCCCACCCUGCGUGCCCCCUCCCCCCCCUCCCCCUGAUGACGAUUCUGACGACGAUGCAUCAGAUCAGCCACAGGGUCUUCCAGAGCAGGCGGAGGAUGAGCCUUUUACUCGGGAGAACUCGACCCGUCGCAUCAAGAAGGAACUCUGGAGAAGGAGGUCGGACUUCUUGGGCACGUCCUCACAGUACAUUGAAGAAGAACCAACUGUUAAGCCUCCCCCAGACCUCAGUGAGCUUCUGAGGCAGGAGCGUGAGGCAGAACGCAUCAUGGCAGAGUCGCAGCGGGCCAGGACUCCCAUCCAAGAGACACUAAGCAAAGCAGAAAUUGCUCGCCGUGAGAAGGAAAUAAUUGAAAGUCUUGAGCGCUCGG